GAUUCCGGCCUGUGUUGGGGGUCGCACCCGCCCCCCCCAGCCUCGGAGCGGAGCGGUGUCCCGGUUGCACCCCGGCCUCUUCCGGAAGUGCCGGCCGGCCCUCAGGGCGGGGGCGGCGCCGAGGAAGCCGGCGCAGGAGUCGGCCCGAGCGGUGACUGGAGGCCGCUUCCCCCGGCGGGGAAAGGGCCAUGAACGGCACCGCGAACCCGCUGCUGGACCGCGAGGAGCACGGCCUGAAGCUCGGCGAGAGCUUCGAGAAGAGGCCCAAGUCCUCCUUCCACACCAUCCGCUAUGAUUUUAAACCAGCAUCCAUAGACACUUCAUGUGAAGGAGAACUCCAGGUUGGCAAAGGAGAUGAAGUCACAAUUACACUACCACACAUUCCUGGAUCAACACCUCCAAUGACUGUGUUCAAAGGAAACAAAAGACCCUAUCAGAAAGACUGUGUUCUCAUCAUUAAUCAUGACACUGGUGAAUAUGUGUUGGAAAAACUCAGUAGCAGCAUUCAGGUCAAGAAGACAAGAGCUGAGGGAAGCAGCAAAAUCCAGGCAAGAAUGGAACAGCCCCCAGCUCGGGCACCACCACCUCCUGUACCAUUUAGAGCCCCAAUGAAACCCCCAAUUGGACCAAAAACCUCUCCUGUGAAAGACAACCCUUCACCUGAACCCCAACUAGAUGACAUUAAGAGAGAGCUGAGAGCAGAGGUUGAAAUCAUUGAGCAGAUGAGCAGCACCAGCGGGAGCAGCUCGUCGGACUCGGACAGCUCCUCGGGCAGCGACGACGACAGCUCCAGCAGCGGAGGGGAUGAGCCGGCCGCCAGGGCCUCCCCCUCGCAGCCUCCUCACCAGCAGUUCAGUCACAGAAACCCUGUGGCCAACGGCACCAGCCGGCCGCCGGGAAACAACCAGCUGAUGAACACCCUGCGAAAUGAUUUACAGUUGAGUGAGUCUGGCAGUGACAGCGAUGACUAGCAUUGGAGCCUCCUGCAUCCGUCUCUUUGGUAGGACGUGUGGGGGCAGCAGGACACAAGCAGGAAGCCACUGCCAAGGAGAGUGCUUGGGGAGGAGCUGUCACCGAGCCCGAGCAGGAGUGCUCUUGUAUAUAUUAUGUGAAUACAGUUUUACAAGUUUUACCUAGAUCCGUAGAGUGAGUAACUAGGGGGGUGGUUUUUUGGUUAAUGUUGUGGAUGGAAAACCUGAACAGUCGGGGGAAGGGGGAUCUUGGUUUUUCAGAGGUUGAGUCACAGUCACUAGUUUGGACAUGUCAUUUUCAUUGCCGAAGCAAAUGAUUCGGCCUUUGUGUGUUAAAGUCUCUUCUAAUUAUUGACCACGUGGAGAUGAAGGUUUUAGCCUUCUUUGCCUAAUUAGGCUUGACCUGAUAGGCCAGUAGAGACAUACUUAGGCAUAGACUUUCAGAAGUAGAGAGAACAUUGUAUGUGAUCCAGUCCAGGCAAAGAGGCUUAGAGAGGCAGAUGCGAGUAAAACCCAAGGCUCCAGCACUUUCUCUAUUGUACCAUAAUGACUCCCUUUAUAUUUAAUCAAAUAUUUAUUGAACACCUACUGUGUGCAGAGCUUAGGUAUGUAGCAAAACCAGUGAUCUAUGUACAUAGAGCAAUCAGAUACAUAUUGGAGCUUGUACCUAGACUGUGAAAGUCAUGACUACCAUUUUACUUCUGGUUUGAAUGUGGGCCUGUGAAAGUUGGCUCUGUACAGGACAGAAAAACCCCAUGUAUAGGUGCAGUGACUGGAUAAAAUUGGAGGUUUGAGUACUGAGUUGAUAAGGGAAAACCAUGAGCUCAUAUUCAGCUUUCAUUGGACAUAAUUGAUUCAGUGGAUUGUAAAAGGAAUGGAUUUUUAAAAAAGAAAUAUAGGAAUGACUCUGAGUAGUAGGAGUUAGGGAAGAAAACUACUGAAUGUAUGAACUAGAAGUGAGA